AGAGAAGAAGGUGGAAGAAUUGUGGCUGAAGAGAAAGAAGGAAUAGUACGAGAGUGAGCGCGAGAAUUCUGGCGUCGUGUGUGCGGACCAACAGCUCGGAAGUUCCGACAGAACCGAGGCAGAGGAACUUUUGCCUCGGUUGUGAGCGCGAGAGUCCUCGCACACACGCGCUGCGGUCAAGUCUCUGUUCUUUCGUGGACUCUGACCGAACGCGUUGCAUACCGAUCCUUUGCUUUAUUAUUUCGUUCGCGAAACGAUCCUUCAAAUUCAUGUAUUUUUCACAUUAUCCACUGGACUCGAAGAAGCGUGGAAAACGAAACAAUCACAAUAACAAAAACUGCAGUGAAAAUUCCAAGUGACUCAGUGUUGUCGUCCCAUUGUUUCCGCUCAAAAAUUCGAUCGAGUCUGUCGUUUGUUUUUUUACUUCUCCGGCCCUAUCGCCCACACACGGAACUGGUUAACUCACGCGAAGGAUUAUGGGGAAUACGGGGAAGCACCGCCGCUGAGGAAACAACCUUGGAACGGAGAGUUCAGGAGUUGAAAAAGAAUAAUAAAAAAAAAAACAAGAAAUACUCCUCGUCUGUUCGCGCCUGUGUGGCCUCGAGUCUCGUUGAUUCAGAGAAGACUACGACGAACACAUGCUGUGUCAAUUAUAUAUUUGAGUCAAAUACACAGCAAAUAGUCAACAGCUUGUAAAACACGAAGGUGGCGUUUAUGGAUUUUUAGGUCGGUGCUGGGCUUACCGUUAAGUGGGAUGCUGCGAGGCAAAUCGUGUGUAUACACACUAAAAUCAACGCGUGUACGUGUACCGAGGAUUCCAGGUCAAAACGAGUCGGCUCGUGACCUUCAGACUUUUUAAAAUCCACUUUUUUAUCCAGUUUUCAAAUUCUUCGCCACAUUUGACUGCAGCGAGGGUCUGAAAAAUUUAAUCCUUCGAAAUGGGAUCGGAGGCUUGGGAAUUGGAGAGAAGAUAUUCCGUGCCCGGGGCUCUGGAUACUCGGGGAUUCGAGCCGCCUGCCAGUGAGGAUCUCCACGCAUGGUCGAUUUACAGGCAGAAUUUGAACUCCGAUUUCACGGAUUCGGCAUUGGGCUCCGCUGAAAAAUCGCCAUUACCUUAUGGCAAUUUUCAGCUUCGAGACUCGACGGUUCAGAGCAUACUGAGACACCCUCGAUACGGACCGAAGAGCCCACUCGCGAGUAAUUCGUACACUUACUUGAAAUUCGGAUUGCCGAGAGUGUUGCCACCAUCGAGAGCGAGGGAUGGCUCCAGCGGUUACGAUUCCAGCGAGGAGGGCAGGAGAAUAUCACACGUCGGCGGUGGAAAUUCGGCGAUGCGAUCAGCCAGGAGCGACCCGGAUUUUCGGCAGAUCCACGCCACGACGCCGAGUCGCGAGGACCAUCAGGUCGCACACUCGCAACUUACAGUCCGGGAAAAUCCUCGAUUGCGGAGUUCCAGCGAGGCCAAUCUACUGCAGAGCGGUGGCAGAGCCAAUCGGAGACACAGCAUCGCACCCAUCGACCCCGGUUACGGUCACCAUUCCGCCCUAGGACAAGGACAAGGAAUCCUCGGACCCGAAAGUUAUUCGGCCUUGCAAAUGAGAAGGAUACCCUCCUUACAGAAUCCUCACAUUCAAUUACGAGGCAUUGAAGCCUCGGGCUCAAACGGUUUGCCAUUGUUACGGGGUGUCACGCUCGAAGCCGGUGCUAACGACGUUCUCGCUGUAAUGUCGACCACCGAGAGAGAAGGCACCGCCAUCAUCGAAACUAUCGCUGGACGUAGGCGCUUCAAGAGGGGCGAUAUUUUGCUCAACGGUCGUCCCGUUUCUGCCAGCACACUUAGGUCACGCGUCGCUUACCUACCUGCCGACAGCGGUCUCAGUCCGGGAUUGACGGCUCAACAAGUAUUAAACUUUUACAUGUGCCUGAGGGGAAGCUCGAGAGCUUCGCCCAUGGAGACUGAGGCGAUACUUCAGGAGCUCGGCCUCGAAGCAACGAAACAUUGUCUGGUCAAUUCACUCACAACCUCGGAAGCCCGGAGACUGUCGCUUGCCUGUCGCUUGCUUCAAGAUUCACAAAUACUCACGUUGGACCGACCGACCCACGGGCUCGAUAUAUUCGACGCUUUUUUCCUAGUAGAAUAUCUUAGACAAUGGGCGACCAGGGCACAGAGACUCGUCGUUUUGACCCUGCAUCCACCUACUUACGAAAUCCUUACGAUGGUCUCGAGAGUAGCGCUCACAUCUGGUGGAAGAAUCAUGUAUUCUGGACUGAGACGCGAUAUGCUUCGUUAUUUCGCGCUCGCGGAGUUUCCGUGUCCGCCUUUCAAAAACCCAUCCGAUUAUUACCUCGAUUUGGUUACGCUGGACGACUUAUCUGCCGAAGCGAUGCUCGAGUCUUCCCAGAGAAUCGACCAUCUUGCAGAACUGGCCAGAUCGAGAUUGCCAGCUCUAAGCGAUCCCGGCCCACCGGGCAUUCUUCCGCCGUCGAUAUCUCGCGCGAAUAUUUUCGUACAGAUAUACGCCAUUCUACUAAAAACUCUGAUCUACAGUCAGCCGUGGGCUUUGACGCGAUUACUUCAAAAAAUAGUUAUUUCGGCGUCUUUGAGUAUAAUACUCGGUGCUAUAUUUUGGGACGUUGCAAGUGAUGGUGAUUUGUAUCUAAGAGAUAGAAUAGGCUUCCAUUAUGCCAGUUUGGGUAUUUUCUUCUGGCCUCUUAGUCUCCUUGCUAUUUGCGAAGUUACGGAGUCGAGACCCAACGUUGAGAGAGACAUAAGGGACGAUCUUUAUGGAAGAUUUAUCCACAUUAUUCUAGAGCUCAUCUGCAGUGUUCCUUCCUGGUGCAUCGUUUACGUGAUGUACUUGGCACCAGCUUUUGCGAUGUCGGGUCUUCAUCUUGUGGUCGACGAGAAUUUGACGUCACUGUGGGACUACCUGGCUUUCGGAUUGCUCUACAUGAUGAUACAACACUUGAUAUGUGUUUUCUUCGCAUACAUUUGUAAAUGGAGUAUGCUAGCAGCAUUCUUCGCUGGCAUUGUUAUCGGCGAGAUGACUUUGGGCAGUGGAGUAAUGCUUCACUUGGAAAAUAUGCCAGUUUGGUAUCGUCAAUUGAGUCCAUUGAAGUGGACGCUCUCAGCUCUGCUGCCUCGGAUUCAUGCAAACGAGCUGUUGAACAAGUUGACCAAUUGUAAAGGAAAACAAGUCCUCCGGCAGGACAUCAUAGUCCAAGCUCCUUGCGAACCGCCCGACGGCGAUCUCGCUCUGCGAGAACUUGCUCUCAACGAUGCUGUACCGUGGCCUGAAAUGAGAUUAGGAAUAUGCAUGGCAGUUGUUGGACUGCUGAUUAUCUUUGGAUUCCUUUUUAUUCGAUACGCCACACCGAAAAGGCCGAGAAGCGCUCCAAAUAAGCCUUGAGGCUUUACAAAGUGUUUUCUACGAAAACGAUCCGAUCCUUUAAUACUUUGCGCAGAAUUUGUGCAGCAUGUAACUAAUUUAACUUAAUUAGUUACGCAUUACGGUUAAUUACGAUCAAUUGCAUUCAUCGAUGCAUCCUCGAUGAGAAAAAAGAGCUCGAAGUUUCGAUGUACUUAGUUCAAUGCAGUCGUUCCGAGCUGCAUCUUUUUUUUUCUUAAUAUCGCGUAAUGGAGAUGCGUGAGAUACGAGAAACACGCAAUAUUAGAAAUAUAUGCAUUCGAUAAUUAAUAUUAUGAAUCGUACGAUUGUUCGUCUUCCAGAAAUACUCCGUCCUUUUUGUAACGACAACAUAAACUAAUUCGUUUCUAUUGUUGUAUAUGUACUGCGUAAUAGAUUUAAAAAAAAUUUGAAGCGCUGUUUCUUCUGCGGGCGAACAAUGUGUCUUCGAUAAGACUAUUGAAAUUAGAAUUUUUUAAUUACAUUCGAAUAAUAAAUGAAUAGCUUGAAUGAC